UUCAAAACCGAACACAAGAAACUGCUCGCAGUUCAAAACCGAACGCAAGAAACUGCUAGCUGUCUCGCCAAGUAGCUGCUGCCCGCCUUUCUCUCCCUCUCUCCACAUCUGGCUUACACAUAUGCUGAGGUCGGUGUCAGGGUCGACCUGCUCGAGGGGCAUCGCCGCCGUGGUCGGCGUCGGCCCCAGGCUCGGCUCGGCGGUGGCUCGCAAGUUCGCCUCCGAGGGCUACACUGUUGCCAUCCUCUCCCGCGACCUCGAUAAGCUGUCGCAGCUGGCGGAGGAGAUAGCGCAGGAGGCCAAGGCGCAGGUGUUCGCGCUCCGCGUGGACUGCGCCGACGCGCGCUCCGUGCGCGAGGCCUUCGAGGGCGUGCUCUCCCUCGGCCCCGUCGAGGUGCUCGUCUACAACGCAUGCGAGCCGCCGGGCGACGACGGCGACGGCGAUGCCGUGGCCCGCCCCGUGCCCUUCCUCUCCAUUUCCACGGACGCCUUCCACCGCUCUAUCGCUGUCUCCGCCGCCGGGGCCUUCCAUUGCGCGCAGCAAGUCAUCCCGGGAAUGGUGGAAAGGGGCAGGGGCACCAUCAUCUUCACAGGCUCCUCGGCGUCCGUCAACGGAUUCGCCGGUUACGCUGAUCUAAGCUGCGGAAAGUUUGCUCUGAGGGGGCUGUCUCAGUCUCUCGCCAAGGAAUUCCGGCCGGCCGGCGUCCACAUUGCGCACAUGAUCAUCGACGGUGCCAUCGGUGACCGGAGGUCGCAGAGGGGCAAGGCCGGGGCCGGCGCGGCCGACGCGGCGGGGGCGGACCCGGACGCGGUGGCGCAGAGCUACUGGCACGUCCACGCCCAGGACAAGAGCGCCUGGACGCAGGAGAUGGACGUCCGGUCGCCGUCGUUUAUGUAGCGGGAGGAGCUCAUCAGGCAUCAGCAGCAGUGGAUGGUGCCGUGGAAUCUCUAAUCAUGGAAGAUCCGUUUGGGUGAUGGUGCGCGGCUCUGGAUCGGGAAUCGUGUCCCCGUUCCGCGUCGCAUGUCUUAGCUCUGGCGCGCUUAAUUUGAUGCGACGCGCGCGCGCGCGCCGCUUGCUUAUCCAUUUGGGCGUCGCUGUAGACGAAAGCGAUCUCAGUCACCGGCGACGGCGACAUGUAAAAUUCAUGUUAUUUCUACGACUUUUACUGCUCGUUC